UAGAAAUUUCAUACAUCCAAUUUUAUUAUCUUUUUCUUUAUUUCUUUCUGUUUACAUUUGAUACUUUUUGUUAUCUCCUAGUUUCACUUAUUGUUUGUCUGAACCGUUUGCAUUUCCAAGAGACUCAUUUCUCUCUUUCAACUCAUUGAAAAGAAGAAGAAGAAGAACAAAGAAACAGGCUUUGCACAGUAACACCAUGUCUUCCCCAAGCAAACGCAGAGAGAUGGACUUGAUGAAACUGAUGAUGAGUGAUUACAAGGUGGACAUGAUUAAUGAUGGAAUGCAUGAGUUCUAUGUAGAUUUCCAUGGACCCAGCGAGAGUCCUUAUCAGGGAGGCGUGUGGAGGAUAAGAGUUGAACUACCAGAUGCUUAUCCCUAUAAAUCUCCCUCAAUAGGCUUUAUCAAUAAGAUCUACCACCCAAAUGUUGAUGAGAUGUCAGGUUCGGUUUGCUUAGAUGUUAUCAAUCAAACAUGGAGCCCCAUGUUUGAUUUGGUAAAUGUAUUUGAAGUAUUCCUGCCACAGCUUCUGCUGUAUCCCAAUCCAUCAGACCCUUUAAAUGGAGAGGCUGCAGCUUUAAUGAUGCGUGACCGAGCUUCUUAUGAACAAAGAGUCAAAGAAUACUGUCUGAAGUAUGCCAAGCCUGAAGAUAUAGGAGCUGUCCCAGAAGACAAAUCAAGUGAUGAAGAACUGAGUGAAGAUGAAUCUGACUCCUGUGAUGACCAAGUGGCCGGUCAAGCAGAUCCAUAGCCAUAGUCAUAGGGAUUUCUUCUGUUCUCAUGUUCUGUCUAAACUAUAUGUGUCAUCUGUUACUCUGUACAUGAUGUAGCCUUUUCUUAAUUCAUCCCCAACUCCAAAGAAGACUCUGGAUAUUGGGAAGGGAAAGAAUUUCCCCCAGUCUGUAUUGGUUUCCGUUGUCAAUGUAAAUAAAUGUACCAUUGUUUUCCAUUCGGCAUUGUUUGUUUUUAUCUA